AAAGCAAGUUCUGAGGAAGUUUAAUCUGUAACACAGAUUUGUGAGCCAAGAAGGCUUGCGCAAAAGGCAUAAACACUUCCGUGUUGAGAAUGAAUCCACAGCGUCCAAAGCUUUUUGACUUUCAUGGUGUGUCUAUGACACAUUUUUUUACUGACAACUGGGACAAAGUCCAGAACUUCAAAGCUAAACCAGAUGACAUUGUUGUUGCCACUUAUCCCAAAGCAGGCACCACUUGGGUCUCCUACAUUCUUGAUCUACUGUACUUUCAACAAAUGUGUGAGCGUGAAAAAUCAAUCUCUAUCGUGGACAGGGUGCCAUUUUUAGAGUUGGUCUACCCACCUAUGCAUACAGGAACAGACAAUGCAGAUACACUGCCUACCUCUCCUCGCAUCAUCAAAACUCAUCUACCUGUUCAAUUUCUACCAAAGUCCUUCUUGGAGCAGAACUGCAAAAUUGUCUAUGUCGCUCGCAAUGCUAAGGACAAUGUGGUUUCCUAUUUCCACUUUGACUGCAUGGAGAGGAUUCAACCUGAACCAGGAGACUGGAACAGUUUCCUACAAAGAUUCAAAGAUGGACAAAUGGUGUUUGGCUCCUGGUAUGAUCAUGUGUGUGGAUGGUGGGAAAAAAAACAGACAUACUCCAAGAUCCACUACAUGUUCUAUGAAGAUCUGGUGGAGGACACUGAACGUGAACUCAAAAACCUUUGCUCCUUUCUUGGUUUAUCAACACCGGAAGAACAAAGAAAGAAGAUCGUAAGAUGUGUUCAGUUUGAUGUCAUGAAGGCGAAUCCUAUGACUAACCUAACUGAUGAUCCAUCACUAGACCUCAGUGUCUCUCAAUUCCUACGCAAAGGGAAAGUUGGAGACUGGAAGAAUCACUUCACUGUGGCCCAGAAUGAGCAGUUCGAUGAAGUGUACAAGCUGAAGAUGAAGAACACCAGUUUACAUUUCCGUACAGAGAUUUAAAACCUCAGAGGAAAAUGAUAGUAAUAAACAAUGAUUAGUAAAAGGCAUUUUAUUAACAAAAAUCUACAGUAUAUAUUGACUUUUUUUCCCCCAUGUAUUUAACAUGUCCAUGUCUGUUAAUAUAAACAGUCAUUUGUCUAAAACAUUAAAUCAUCACAUUGGGUAAAACGAAUAAAUAAAUAUUGUGGGGUUUUACCUACAA